AAGACAGCCGUGGGGCUCCGUCUGGCUUGCCAUCUGGACUUCGGGUCCUCCAGAAAAAUUACAUUUCCCUUUCUUCUGCAUCGUUCGCAGCUGGUCUGUCGUAGGGCUCCUGUAAUGCCUCAGGCAAGGGGUGGGGUGAGAGAAAAGAGAAAGCACGUCUCCGCAGGAAGGAAAAAAAAAGGCCUGGGUGAGAGACAGGAAGAAAUAAAGACAACUGAUUUUAUGCCUGUGGAACUUCUCUCAAGUAGACCAAGAUAAUCAUCUGUCAAGUGCUCAAACAUCUUAUAUUUUAAAAGCUUCUUACGAGGUAGAACUUUAGAGCCCGGUGUGUUUGUGGCUGGAGCAUAGCAGCUGUUCUACAACUUUGCUGUAGUUUCUACUGAAUAUUUUGGUUUGCAAAUAUAAAGGAUUCUCUGAAGCACAACCUUAAACAACGCGUGGUAGACACCUGGGAGAGGAAAACUGCAGACAGAAAAGUGUGGCCGGAUGCUCUGGGGGCAGGCAGCAGCGAUGUUCGGCCAGGUGGCUCCAAGGAGAGGAAGCAGUGAUGCAUUGAGGUAAAAAUAAGUGACUAAAGAAGCAGACCUGGGAAUCAUCUAACAUGUCGAGGAGGAGAUUUGAUUGCCGAAGUAUUUCAGGCCUACUAACUACAACUCCUCAAAUUCCAAUGAAAAUGGAAAACUUUAAUAAUUUCUAUAUACUUACAUCUAAAGAGCUAGGGAGAGGAAAAUUUGCUGUGGUUAGACAAUGUAUUUCAAAAUCUACUGGCCAAGAAUAUGCUGCAAAAUUUCUAAAAAAGAGAAGAAGAGGACAGGAUUGUCGAGCAGAGAUUUUACACGAGAUUGCUGUGCUUGAAUUGGCAAAGUCUUGUCCCCGUGUUAUUAAUCUUCAUGAGGUCUAUGAAAAUACAAGUGAAAUCAUUUUGAUAUUGGAAUAUGCUGCAGGUGGAGAAAUUUUCAACCUGUGUUUACCUGAGUUGGCUGAAAUGGUUUCUGAAAAUGAUGUUAUCAGACUCAUUAAACAAAUACUUGAAGGAGUUUAUUAUCUACAUCAGAAUAACAUUGUACACCUUGAUUUAAAGCCACAGAAUAUAUUACUGAGCAGCAUAUACCCUCUCGGGGACAUUAAAAUAGUAGAUUUUGGAAUGUCUCGAAAAAUAGGGCAUGCGUGUGAACUUCGGGAAAUCAUGGGAACACCAGAAUAUUUAGCUCCAGAAAUCCUGAACUAUGAUCCCAUUACCACAGCAACAGAUAUGUGGAAUAUUGGUAUAAUAGCAUAUAUGUUGUUAACUCACACAUCACCAUUUGUGGGAGAAGAUAAUCAAGAAACAUACCUCAAUAUUUCUCAAGUUAAUGUAGAUUAUUCAGAAGAAACUUUUUCAUCAGUUUCACAGCUGGCCACAGACUUUAUUCAGAGCCUUUUAGUAAAAAAUCCAGAGAAAAGACCAACAGCAGAGAUAUGCCUUUCUCAUUCUUGGCUACAGCAGUGGGACUUUGAAAACUUGUUUCACCCUGAAGAAACUUCCAGUUCCUCUCAAACUGAGGAUCAUUUUAUAAGGUCCUCUGAAGACAAGACUUCUAAAUCCUCCUGUAAUGGAACCUGUGGUGAUAGAGAAGACAAAGAGAAUAUCCCAGAGGAUAGCAGCGUGGUUUCCAAAAGAUUUCGUUUCGAUGACUCAUUACCCAAUCCCCAUGAACUUGUUUCAGAUUUGCUCUGUUAGCACUUUUUUCUUUGACUCAUUUGGACUGAAUUUGAAAUUUUAUAUCCACUCCAGUGAGAUUAUGGUUUGUAGCUUCAUAUAUGACAUGUUUAUAUUGUAAAUGCACUUUUCCAUGGAAUAAUUUAGGGAAGUGUUUUAAUGUUAAAUUACUAGUUGCUAGCAUGUUAUGAUUUCAUAUCCUGAGAUAGCUCUGCAGAUAAGAAAAUAUUUAAAUAUAUGACAAAAAGUAAAAUUGUACAUGUGAGUUUACAUGUUAAUGAAAUAAUUCAAGUUCAAAUGAACUUACCAAAAUGUUUUGUAUAUCAACAAAAAAAGUGGCUUGAGUUUUAUUAUAGUUGGUGUAAACUGAACACAAUGAAGACAUUGGAAUUUAAUAGGUUCUGUCUCUAAGGUGACUCUUAUACCAUGCCUCCAUGAACAUAAUUUGUUUAGGAAAGCAGUAUGAAGUUUAAGCCAAAAUAAUUUCUACUUUAUAGAUGCUCAAGAGACAUUUUACAAUUGAAAAUGUCUUUCAAUUACAAAUAUUUUGAAACUUCAUAAGAUUUUCAUUCUCUAUGGUCUGUUAUAUGAGAGAGAUCCUUUAACCAGAGCAAAGAGGGAGUUAGAAACCUGAUCAGGGAUGUUCUUUACAAGUUGGAGCAGAGAAAAGAGUAGCAUGGCUUCAUAUUUUAACGCAAAUGUCUUUUCCCUCCUCCCAACCUACUUGAGAUCUGAUAAGGUCUGGAAGGUGGAGAUAUUUGGUAUGCAAGUGUAGAGUUUUUUAAUCCUCCAGAAUUUCUAGAGUAGAAGAUACUUAGGUAAAGUUAAAUAUUCUCUAUUUUUAGUCAAACAUAUUUAUUAAUUGAAUAUAGAAGAAAAUGUUGACACACUCAGACAGCUUACUGAAUUUUAGAUGUCUUCUGCAUCUUAGAAUACAAGCCAGUCAUUCAGAGUUCUAAAAGUAUGCAUAAAAAAUUACAGCACCGGCAGGUCUAUUAACACAGUGCCCGAGUCAGCAGUAGCAAGACUGAUGUGAUCAUAAAACAUGACAUCAGGCUCGUCUGAAGUUCUUGUGUGAAAUCCCUAGUGAGUGAGGAGGCUCAGCUUAAAGCCAUCUGCAGAGUGGCCCCUCAUUGUGAUCUUUUGCUGGGACCAAUGCAAGAAAGAGACUAGGGAGAGCAAAAUGUUUGCUUAUGGCUAGAGACUAUAUCCAGCCCUAAUGAUGGGGACAUUUAGUCCUUUCUGGGUAAUCUUUUAUGAAUUUUCACCUGAUGACCGUUAUAUUGGUCUGUUAUCAUGUUAAGAUAACUGUGAUCUCAUGACCAUGUUGCUGUAUCAAAAGAAAUAUUUUGACAAACAGUAACAACAACCUGGUGUUCCCCCUUUAGACCUUUAGCUUCUCAAAAUUUUUUUAAGUUCCCAAAUUCUUUAAUAAUAACUUAAAACUGUUUUGAAUAACUAUCAGGUCACUUUAUUUGACCACAUGGUGAAUUCCUUUAACGUCUUCAGCAUUUGUUAAGGAAAAGUUUUCUCUACUUGUGUGUGUAUGUGUGCACAUGUGUGUAUGUACAGGUGUAUGUAUGUAUAUAUAGAUAGAUACAAUACAUUCUUUAGACAGUUUUCAAGAUUCUUUGCUGUGGUACAUUAUGCUCAACUCAGGUGCCAAAGGAGCUUUUUUUUUUUUUUUUUUUUUUGAGACGGAGUUUUGCUCUGUCUCUCAGGCUGGAGUGCAGUGGCAUGAUCUCAGCUCAUGGCAACCUCCGCCUCCCGGGUUCAAGCAAUUCUCCUGUCUCAGCCUCCUAGCUGGGAUUACAGGCGCAUGCCACCGUGCCCAGCUAAUUUUUGUAUUUUUAGUAGAGACGAGGUUUCACCAUGUUGGCCAGGCUGGUCACAAACUCCUGACUUCAAGUGAUCCACCUGCCUCGGCCUCCCAAAGUGCUGGGAUUAUAGGCGUGAGCUACCACGCCCCCUCCCAGGAGCUCUCUUCUUAGGACAUAUAAAUUAUGACAUUUAUAUUCUUUAUAUGACUUUAUGUUCUCUUCUUAUGGCAUUUAAAUUCUUUAAGUAGUUUGUUGAUCCAAUAAACUAGACAUUGUAUAAUCUAAAUUGAGCCCUUGUAUAUCUAAAACUGAUGAGUUGUUUCUAAAUUGUUGAUUGUCCAUUUACUUGCCUUUGGUAUUAAGAUAAUGCAAGUAAAGCUUAGUAAGUCAUUGGAUAGUGAGGAAAUGAUUACGUUUCUGAAGACCAUAUUAUAUUUUUAAUUUUUAGAGGAAUCAUGCCAUCCCCCAAAAAAUCAGGAAAUAUUUGAAUUUUAAAUUAUAAGCUCAUUUGUAAAAAGACAUUUUAUACCAACUUUCUCUUUCUCUGAAAAUCUUAAAAUAGUUUACAUCUACCUUUAGUUAGUAGAAUACAGAGCUGUAAAUUUCCAUGCCUUUUUUCCUGAUACUAAGUUUUAUAGUAAAAAAGCAACUAGUGGUUGCACAAAGAAUAUAAAAAUCCACUCUUUUUACAAAGGUGUAAAUUUAAAUAACGUUAUUGAUUGGAAUAUGAAAGUCAAUCAUUUAAGAGCUUUUUAGCAAAUGAUUCAGUUGUUACUCUUUUUCUCCCAAGAUUGAAAAGCAUAAUGUGUUUCUCUAAAGUAGGAAUCUAGAGAGCCCCUAUGAGUGGACAAAUGUCAGUAACACUUGAACACAUGAGAAGAUAAGUGUUAUAUUGUGAUAUUUUAAAGUUUAAUUUGCUUUUUGGGUAGGAUCCCUAAAUAGAUGGGAUUUUUAAAUAGAUGAUAUAUAGAUGACAAUUACAAUUGUCAUUUUAAUAAUUUUCCCUACAGUAAAGAACCUAGCUCUGAGCAGUGAAAUUGUAAUGGCACUUUAAAGGAAGUAAGCCGUUAACUGUUCUCUAGUCCAGCGAUCUCCAACUGUUUUACACUAGGGACGGGUUUUGUGGAAGAAUAUUUUUCCACGGGACUGGGGGGUUAGGGGGAUGGUUUCAGGAUGAUUCAAGUACAUUACAUUUAUCGUUAGAUUCUCGUAAGGAGCAUGCAACCUAGAUGUCUUGCAUGUGCGGUUCACAACAGGAUUUGAGCUCCUUUGAGAAUCUAAUGCCAUGGCUGAUCUAACAGGAAGCUGAGCUCAGGCAGUAAUGCUUGGCACCGCCCCCCCCACCCCCCACCUUCUGUGCAGCCCGGUCGUGGCCUGGGGACUGGGGACCCCUGCUCUAGUCAGUAAUGAGAUAAGGUACUUGUGCCAGAAUAUAAAUCAACACAUUGCUUCCUUUAUCAAAGAAGUCUUGUUAUUUAAAAAAAGUCAACUGAGCCAGUAUGAUUAGUGAUGUAAUUGAUUUUCAUUCUAGCACAAGCCUCUUUCAUUCUGGACAGCUCACAAAUAGUUAAUGGACCAUGCUUUGAAUAGCCUUCCUCUAAGCAACAUUUAUAAAUAUUGAUAUUUUAGAACUGUUUACAUUUCUUCUGUUUAUUUUUGAAUUUUCAGUUUGAUAUCUUGUCCUUAUUCAUUGUAUAAACAACUGUACUUUAAUUUCAAGUAGUAUUAAAAUUAUUUGACUUAAGUUUGGGGGGAUUAUUAUCAAUUUAUAAUUUUAUAAAAGUAUUUUAAAGAAUAAUUGUAAAUUUUCCAUAAAUUACAACUUCCUGCCAUCUUUUAUUAAAUAAUAAUAUUGCUUAAGGCAUAUGGACAGACAUUAUUAUGAGUACUCCAGUAAAAAAUCUACAUCAACUUGAUCAUUCUGGCUAAAAAUUAAAAAGCACUUUUUUGUA